CAUUUCCCGAUCGAAUGUUCGAAACCCCCCAUCUCGGAGUUGGAACAGAAGCUAUCAACCUCCACCGAUUGGCCACCGCCAGGCGCGGAGGAGACGGCGGCCGGAGCAGCCGAAGAGAGCCUUGCAGGCGUAGCCAGCCGGGUUCGCCAUGCGGAGGAAGCUGCUUCAGUUCCAGUCCCUUCUCGCGCAGCACGCCCUCCGCGGGGUCCCAAAACCCAGACCUCAACUCCAAUCACACCACCACCGCCUCCUCCAUUCCCCCUCCGCGCCAUCCUCCCCCUCCCCCGCGCCGUCGGCUCAGCUCCUAUGGAAUCGCCUCUCCGGCGGCACCGCUGCCUCCCUCCUCCCGAGGAGUGUGGCGGCCGUCGCGGAGUCCGCGCGGACCGCCGCGUCCCGGUGGUUGGCCGCCGCCCGCGGCGCCGGCUCCCUCGAUCUCUUCUCGCUGCAGCGCCGGCGGAGGGCACGGGGCUCGGGAUGGCAAUUCGCGUCGUCCUCCUUUCUCCACAGCGCGCCCUGGGCGUACUGGAUGAACACCCCCGACGGGAUGGUGUGGACGCUCAUCGGCGUGAAUGUGGCCGUCUUCAUGCUCUGGCGUGUGGCUGAUCCGGGGUUCAUGAGGAGGCAUUUCAUGAUUUCACUGGACAAUUUCAAGAGCGGACGGUUGCACACCUUGCUCACGAAUGCUUUCAGCCACGCAGAUUCUAAUCACCUAUUUUCCAAUAUGAUUGGCUUCUACUUCUUUGGGACAAGUAUUGCGAGCACAUUUGGGCCUGCAUUUCUGUUGAAGUUGUACGUAGCUGGAGCACUUGGUGGAUCGGCAUUAUUCUUGCUAGAGAAGGCUUUACUAGCUCCACGCAAACAGGCUUAUGCUGGAUGGGAUACUUCAAGAGCCCCUGCACUUGGUGCAAGUGCUGCAGUUAAUGCAACUAUCCUCCUUCAGAUUUUCCUGAAUCCCAAGGGACUAGUCUAUUUUUACUUCGUAAUUCCUAUUCCAGCUGCACUUAUGGGGGCUGCUUUGAUUGGUGCUGAUUUAUAUAGGGUCAAGAAGGGGCAGGGCGAUGUAUCAGGUUCAGCUCAUUUAGGUGGUGCCCUAGUUGCUGCUCUUGUGUGGGCUCGAAUUGCGAAAGGCUGGAUCUGAUCUUCUAGCUUUUAUAUAAAUGGACCAAAAGUGCAAAGGCAACCAUCUGCGCCCACCUUGUGGCCCCUUUUGGGUUGAAAUUUGCAUUUGUUGUUAUCUGACGACUCACUGAUAAUUGAGGGAUGGCUGAACAUGCUACUUGCUGCCCCGGAUGAUGUCGUAGCGGAUAAUUGGAUAUUUGUCAAUGCUGGCUGAAUAUUUUUAUAAUUUUAUUCCGGCAAUGGCCGUCCUUAAGCGAAAGGACCCGAUCUCAGUUUGGCACGUUUUGAAUCUGAGUAUAUGAGGCUACGGCUGGCCUAUCUGUAUUCUGUGCUGAUAUAAAGUGGGGAAGACAAUGGCAGAGAAGAACUGCAUGAAUGGUUCAAGAAGCGUGUUGAAAGAUUCCUGUAGAUCCUAUGUAUGUCUGGACUCUAACUGCUACUUUAGGUAAAGGUCUUUGCCA